GGGAUGCCUCAUUCAACUCACAAGGCGAACUUCUUCAAGUAAUUGCGCGCCCGUGACCCCAUUUUCUACAGAACCAUCACAAUUAAACUAACCACUUUGAAGCUUAAUGCAUACACAACAACAAACGAGAUCAGCUGUUGGCACACACCCACACAAACGCACAACAGAAGUAGAAAACACAAUUAGAGCAAAACGCAACGCACUCAAUUAGUUUGGAGAGUUUUGUUCAGAAAACAUGCCUCGGCCACAGCGAGAGGGGAGUAAACGUCAACGCGGGCGACAUUUGCGGCAGCUGCGCAUUGACGCUUUCGUGUGGAUGCAGCAAAGACUGAUAACUGGUCCAUGACUUUUGGAUGCUGUUGACUACGCGCGUUCAUCCGGUUUGUGUGUUGGCUGGAAAGUCUCCCAAACAUGGCAAAGCAUACGCCGUGUACACCGUGUGCAUGUAUGAGUGGCAGAAAACAGACAACGGCGGAUACACUUCGCUUGGCCAACAUCCAGUGGCUGCUAGUCGUGCGUAUUCAUUCGAGUUUGCUGGACCUUAGCAAGGACGAAACAAAUAUCAAACAAACAAUCAAUGAAAUCAAGCAGUUUCCCUCAAGAAACGUUGAAAGUGAACUGUGUGUGUGAGCAAGGUGUGUGAACUGUGUAUGAAAAGUGGACACGAAAAGCGUACGAAGCAAAAGUUAAAAAACAAUUUAUCAAUUAAAUGAAACAGCGAGUAAACUAAGCCAGUAUAAAAGUAUGCUAAUUGUUUUUCGGUGCAAACCGUUACUCGCAUAAAUCCGCUGUGUUUGACAUUUGACGUUUGCUGUGAAAAAUGUGUCAACACAAGUGCUGCGAAAAGUGUGAAAUUUUGUGAAAAACGCUGAAUUAUACAGCAUAUCAGCGCAGAGAGUGGACUGUGUGUCCUGUGCUUCCUACCCGCCGCGCACCUGCUGCCCACCUUAAGCGCAAAAGCGCAUAAAAUAAAUAGUGCGCCACCCCGUGUGCAUUAAAGCUGCGAAAUCCUUAUUAAUGACACACAUAUUACAACAAUGAACCACAAUGCGCACAAUAACAAUAAAAACAACAGCAAAAGCAAUAACAUGUAGUUGAACUCUAUUAAGCAGAACAAAUAACUGCGGCCAAAAUUGAUUGCAGUCGUCGGCUUAACGAACGCACUUGUGGGGCAGUGCAGCUGUGCAGUGGUUGUUGCCAGUACAACAAUAAGCGAGUGGCUUGUGCCACAAGUAUAAACGAUUUCGCCUCCACCCAUUGCUGGACGCGAGAGAUUUGGGUGUGAAAGCAGCAAGGAGGCGCUGGAACUGCAGGGACGGACGCAAUGUGCAUUCGCAAGCAAGUGUAAAUUAUAAAACGGCAGCGUCUGCAAUAAUCCUGCAAAUACACAGGCUAAAUAAAUAAAUAAGUGGAAAAGCACGCAGCUGAAGUGAAGUGAAAAACAGAAAAUCAGCAAGUGCUACAAAAAGUUAGGUUAAGUGAUGUGUACAUACAUAUACAUACUUACGUGCCGCAAAGGAAGCGCGUAAGCAUCGAGUUGAUGCUGUGAAGUGUAAAGGAAAAUUGGCCAACAAAAGCUUUUAAAAUGAAGUUAAAGCGAGCAAGUGCGAAAUUGUGAAAGUAAGAAGUGUAAAAAGUGAAACGCAAAACAAACGUGUGUGCAGCUGCUAGUGAAACGGUACAAAUACAUAAAUACAUAUACGGCAUCCGGUGUUUUCCACUCACCUGUCCAUUUGUGCUGCAGCGCUAUUAAAAUGCAUGAGUCGGCAAAACCAAACCGGCUGGAGCAUGUGAGUCGCAAAAACAAAGAAGGAAGAAUUCACAACUAAAGGGUUAGGUGGGAAAGUGUGAGCGGUUUUCGUCGUAGAGCGUGUAAGCAAUUGUAACUAUUAGUAAAAGCUAGUGAAAAAGUGAAAAUCGUGUGGCUGUGUGCGGCUAAUAAAGUGCCAAAUAAAGUGAGUAAAUAUUUGGUGUCAGUAACAUUAAUGAAGCGAUCUGUGUAAAAACAAAUGAAAAAGUUUAAAAUACUCAGCAUAAAAUAACAAAUAUACCGAUAAAAAGCUAACGGUUGUGCACAAAAGUACCGUCCCCAGUGCCACAGUCACAAAAAAGGUGUUGUCCGUGCCGGGAAAAUUGCAAACUUUCCGCCAAUGUAACUGUAUCCAUACACGAUGUGUAAAAAAGUUCGUGUAAUUAUGUUGAACGCAGCCAGUGACACCUUUGUGCCAGCUCCGUGGCCUUAUGCACACGCCACGCAAACAAACUAGUCAUGCGUACAUAUCCUGACAGCGUACGUAACAAUAAAACGGCACAUAACUAAUACUUGAACGUUGCACAUGUGUGACUUGGGCAGUAAAUGAAGAGACAGUUGUGCAAAAACAAUAAUAAAUAAAGGCAUGUCGCAUUACACUACUCCUCGUUUGGCGAGCGCUUUGACUGUUUGUAGCGCGCCUGUUGCUGGCCUAAAUUUUAUGACGAGCGCAUGGAAAGCCGCCACGCUAUAACUACAGCUUCCGGCGACGGAACACAACAAUUGCAACAGCUGGCGUUUUGCGAACAGACACUCUCUAAGUGAUGCAACAACAAAGCAAGCCCCAUGCAUAUAAGUGCUCAUAACGGCUACAAACAACAAGCCAUACUGUGGCGUUAUUACGUUUAAGCGUUGCGAGAAAAAAAUUUCGCUAAAAAAUACGAAGCUUAAUUGCCAACAAAAAUGCGUUGGAAAAGUUGGCGGCGAAAAAAUUAGACUAAAAACUGAGAAACAAGAGAAUUUCUGCGAGAAAACAGAACAAAAAAAGGCUAAACUCACGUAAAGUCUAAACUUAACGGUAGCAGGCAAAAUUUGCUUUUUCCGUGAAAACAGCUGAUCAACACGACGAAAACAGCUGUUUCUAUUAUUCUAGAGAGCACUGAAAGCGUGAGUGAGAGUACGUACAACUAUUUGUCGCAGCAGAGUCAACAAGUGAUCACUCUCCGGCUCUCACUCGCUCAUAUUCACCACUAAUUACAGUGCUGGCCAUCGUUGUCGCCUAAGGCACCACGCCCCUACGUGGGCGUUAUUAUGCAGAAGAAGCCACCAUUGCCGUUGACCGCAUUCAUCGGUGGUCCGACGCUCAUACACGCCUCGCAAUCGGCGAUUAGUUCGAGCAGCAGCAGCAGCAUUGGCAGCGGCAUGUGUUUCCCAAGCAGUAAAAGUGGUAGUGGUGGUGGCGGCUCAAGCGGUGGCAGCGGUGGUGGCGGCGGGUCGGGUGAAAAGCAACGCGGCGCUGGUGGCUUGUGCGGCUGCCAUAAGGCGCCCAAGUCACAUUGCAUAUCGGCGACAGGCGUGCUCUUGCUCGUGCUGCUUUACACCGCCAUGGGCUCCAUUAUUUUCGUCACACUUGAGGGCGAACUGGAUGACACCAGUGCGCUUGAGACCGCAGUGGCGGCAUCGAAAAAGUUUCCACGCACCGAACUAGCCAAUGAACAAAUAAGAUCACGCACUGUGGAUCGUUUGUGGUCGAUUACGGAGGAUUUGAAUAUUUUAUACAAAGAGAAUUGGACACGUCUGGCCGCGCAGGAAGUGCAACAUUUCCAGGAGACCUUAUUGCGCGCCGUUCGCCAAUCGAAAAUUUAUCAACCCGGCGAACAAAUGAAUCCACCCACACACAAGUGGACUUAUGCAUCGGCGUUUCUUUACUCAUUAACAUUAAUUACAACAAUAGGUUAUGGCGGUAUCUCGCCACGCACGCAGUGGGGUCGCAUUGCCGCACUCAUCUAUGCGCUCUUCGGCAUUCCCAUUGUACUGCUGUACCUAUCCGCCAUGGGUGAGGGUCUCUCCGCCGCAAUGCGCUGCCUCUUCCGCAAAGCGCGCUCCAAAAGCGCCGUAAGCAGCGGCAGUGGACCUGGUAAUACAGGCAAUAACGGUAGCGGCGGCGCUAGUAGCGGCAACGGCAAGUUGCCACCGAAUGACAGCGGCAAAGGUGCGAAUAAACAUUAUCAUCACAGUAGCGGUGGCAGCGGGAAGCUACAUUCUGCUGCUGCGCAUCACUAUGGACUGCCCAAGCCCGCCUAUCAUCACAGCGGCUCCAUAGGUAUGGGUAUGCACGCGUCGACACACAGUCCCAGCGUGCCCAUUUCCAUAUGCGUCAUGGUGCUGGUCUGUUACGUGACUUCAGGCGCAGUGCUCUUCCACAAACUGCAAAACUGGAGCGUGUUAGAGGCGCUUUACUUCUGCUUCACCUCGUUGGGCACCAUCGGUUUCGGCGAAUUGGCGCCUACCGGCAACCUCACGCUGUAUCUCGCAUCUGCGUACAUACUCGUCGGCAUGGCCGUGGUGGCCAUGUGCUUCAGCCUCAUACAAACAGAGAUCGUCAUGUGGCUGCGCAAGUUCAGCGUACAAGAUCAUGUGAUGCCGCAAGGCGAGGACGUUGCGCUUGUCUCCGUGGCAGUUACGCCGAAGUCCUCUUGACAACGACCUGCUGCUGAGCUGCUCGCCUUGAGCGGUGGCGGCGGCGGAAACGGCAGCAAUGGCAACUCCAAUAUGCCGACGCAACUUGGCGGUUUUGGCGGCAACACACUUGGCCACCACCAGACGAUGUUCUUCGGACCGGCGCAUACGCUCACACAGUACAGUUCGCUGCCACGGCGUUCGGCGGGUUCUGCUUUCCAACGCAACACACCCAUACGUCGCUCCACAGGCAUACCCGAGCACCACAUGGAGUAUUUCGUGCCGCGCAGCGUUAGUGAGUUCAAUUUGUCGGGUGUCGGUGAUUUAGCGCUACCACCGGCGCGCCGUUACUCCCCGACCAUACAACAUGGCGGUGGCGGCAUGGGUAUGGCUGGCGGUCUACCGCACGCUCUGCAGCUGGGCCCACCACAGACGCUCAUUUGCACCGGGCAACCGCCGCCACCGCAGCAAAUGCAGAUCAUUAUGAAACCGCGUGAGAAAAUGGUCACCUUCGAGGACGAGUCGAAAGCUAUGAAUGCGGCAGCAGCGGCAGCAAGUGUGAACACUUCGAAUGCCAGCACAGCGACGCAUUGUCCACACGGCGUGCCGACGACGCCGCGCAAAGCGGGCGGCAUGGUCGGCGCUGGCGCUGACGUCUUUAUGUGACGCGAAUCGCUGAGAUGACCGCACAGCCUGCUGCUAAGCGACAAGGCUGGUGACGAUGCUGCGGUAGCAUAUGCGGCGAUGGGCGCGCCCACAAUGCUGGAUGACAGCUUAGGUGGCGUGGCAGCAGGCGCGGCGUCCACAGCCAACGCAACGACGGCGGCGAGCACAAGCGCGCACAGCGCGGGCCUAGAUAGUGACAACGAGCACGACUCACUGGCUGGCAGUCUCAGUGAACUGACGACCAAGUCGAAAUCGACACCAGGCGACGUGAUACGCGUGUGAGUGCGCGGCAACGCCAUUUUUUAUACUAAGCUAAGGCUCAAGCGAAAAUUCAUCAGCACAACUUCGAGACUCAUAAUGUAAAUCUUCACGUCCUUCUCUGUGUCGAAUUUCCCUUACUCAGGCAGAUAAAGUUCGGUGCGAAUUUGACAGCGUGCCCUCAAAGCCACUGGCGAAGCGGACGAAAACGUAAUGUGUGCUGCAUGUGAAGGGAGUGCAGUGAAUGUGAAGUAAAAGACACGCAUGCAUGCACACACACAAGCAUUAGAUUCGAUUUCGCACUUUCGUCGAGUCUCACACAGACUAAUCGCCUCCCGCAGCCUUGAAUGGCGAUCAUGCGUGGUGAUUCAAUUGUCUACACAGCUAUCACACCGAGCGCACUCUACACGCUGUAUAAUAUGUGCUGACCGAGCUCAGCAGCAAGAAGAAGACAUGUAAACAAAUAGUGCUGAUCAAAUAAAAAUAAAGUGCGCGUAAUUAAAUACGAAAUUGUGAUUUAGUGUAAAUAAAAGCAAAGUUAAAAAUAAAAAGUGCAAAAGUGCGUGCAAUUGAGUGAAAAAUGUGUGUGUAGUGCAGUGCAAAGUGCGAUUUAGUAUAAAUAAUAAAGUAAAAUAAAUAAAAGGCAAUAAUCCGUAAAUCAUGUGUUAGAGCAGAGUGUUUGCAAAAUGCAAGUGGAAAGUGUGAACAUGUGAAAAUAUGUCUUUUGCAAUGUGAAAAGUGUAAAAUGUGUAUGUGUGUGUAGUGAAGUGAAGAGUGGAAAGCAGUGAAAAUCCAUGCAGCAAGUGACUUGCCGCGAAAGUGGACACUCGGUGGCGGCAGCUUAAGUGGCUGACAGAAGUCGGAAGGCAUUUAACAUAAGGAAUGUGCAAACAAAUAAGAAUGCGCUGCUGGCAGACGCGCUGAGACAGUAAAUAAUGCAAGAUUCUCUACAUUGCAUACACUGUCUCUACGCGCUUUAAAAAG